AUUUAAUUCUUCCUUUUUCGUGUCAAAAAAAGGAAUCAAAAACGAGCCCCCUUAUAUUUCUCGACGAUUCCCGAUUUUCAUUCCAACCAGAAAUGAUGACGACCCAAAAUAAGCCCCACUCUUUCCCACCACUCCUCUCCCUUCAAAACCUCACCGCCAUGCGCCGCUCUCUCUCCGCUGCGCUUUUGUUCGCCAUCGCCGCCCUCUUCCUCUUCGCCUCCUUCUCCCUCCACCUCUCCCGCUCCUCCGUCUCCCGCUCAGACCUCAUCCACCGCUACCCCAUCCCCAGCCCCGCCGCCGACCACCACCUCCUCCGCGACGACGACCAGUCUCCGCCUCUCAGCCAUGUCUCCUCCGUCUCCACCGUCGCAGUGCUUCUACCUGCCUGGAAGGUCCUCAUCAUUGUUUCGCCGGAGACUUCGCUCUCGGAGAAGGACCGUUACGUCUGCGUGUUCCCGAACAACCGCACCUCUCGUGCCAGAUUCGCCGGGAUUCUGCCGUCGAGGAACCGAACGGCGUUUUAUUGCGCGAUGCCGAACAGAGUCAGGCGACUCCGGCCGUUUCUCCAGCCGGUGCUGUCGAGGAAGUCGCAGAUCAUCAACAACGACUCGACGACGGCGCCGGAGAUGAUCCGGUGGACUUUCCUUGUCUACGAGUCGUUCUCCACCGAAGACGACGUCGUUCUGUUCGCGAAAGGCCUCAACAAUCGCCAAGGCGCGAACCGCCCUCCGAGCGAGUUCCGGUGCGUCUUCGGCGACGCCUCCAAACCCGACGCCGUUAGAACCGCCGUCACGAGCUCAAAUCAAGAGGUCUUCCGGUGCCCGCACCCGGACCCGACGGCGUUAAACGACGAAGCCAACGCCAGAAUCUCACUGGAAAUCGUCGACGGGAAUCGGGUGGUCCCCUCCGUGGCCUACUACACCGCCCCAAAACGACGACGCAUGAGCAGCAGCAGCAACGCGGGCCCCAUGGAGCAGCCUAGUCACCAGCUGUGCGCGUGCACGAUGGUGUACAACGUGGCAAAGUUUCUGAGGGAGUGGGUGACAUACCACUCCCGGAUCGGCGUCGACCGGUUCAUUCUGUACGACAACGACAGCGACGACGAUUUGGAACACGUGGUGCGGCAGCUCAACCAGGAAGGGUUCAACGUUACGACGUCGUUUUGGAUCUGGCCUAAGACUCAAGAAGCUGGCUUCUCCCACACUGCCGUGUACGCCAAGUCGUUGUGCAACUGGAUGAUGUACAUUGACGUCGACGAGUUCGUCUUCGCGCCAAAUUCUUGGAGCGAGUCUCCGGCGCCGGGGAGGCACAUGCUCAAGUCUCUGAUACCUAAGGACCCGAGUAUCGGGCAAGUUUCGAUCCACUGCAACGAGUUUGGCCCGAACCAGAAAACGCACCCAUUGGAAGGUGUCACGCAGGGGUACACAUGCCGGAGGCGGUUCGAGCAGCGGCACAAGUCGAUUGUGCUGCUGGAGGCGGUUGAGCACUCGCUGCUCAACGUGAUACACCAUUUUGAUAUAAAGAAAGAGUUCAGAACAAAGCAACUGAGCAGUGAGGAUGCUAUAGUGAACCAUUAUAAGUACCAAGCUUGGCCCGAGUUUCAGACCAAGUUCCGGAGAAGGGUGUCGGCUUACGUGGUGGAUUGGACUGAGGGGCUUAAUCCGAUGUCCAAGGAUAGGACUCCGGGGCUAGGUUUUCAGCCGGUGGAGCCGAAAGGGUGGCCGGAAAUGUUUUGUGAGGUUAGGGAUGACAGGUUGAAGAUGUUGACGCAGAAAUGGUUUUGGUCUUCUGCUAGUAGUAAAAUGGUGUGGCAAAGUUGAAAUCAAUUCUAUGUUGCCAUAGAACUGGUGAUGGAUUGGAUUGAUGUAAAGUUUUGAGAGGAGAGAAUACAAUGUGGGUAAAUACAUGAAACCAAUAUAUUAGGCAUAGAAUUAAAAGGUGAAAAAGUAGAAAGUAGUGAAGAAUGAGAUUUAUUAAUGCAAUUUUCUAGAUAAUCUCUUUGUGGAUGUA